ACUGUUGCUACGCAACAAUAAAAACAAUAAAUAAGAGCAAAGCAAAGAUAAAAACUGUUACUACACUAAUUAAAAGUUUUCCGGAAAAUAACGGUCUCAAUGAUGGAUUGGGCAGAAGAACUAAAGUUAUCCAUUCGUAAGAAAACGGCACGCAAAGGUCGGCGCUCCAAAAGCCGUGAUCCCAUUGGUGGUGCUUCUACCAGUAUCAGUGUGACCAAUACCAAUCCGCAUGAGAAAGAGAUUGCUAUCGAUAUAACCCUGGGUAUAAAUAAAGAUUCCAGCACUGCUGCCAGCGAAGAAGCAGAUGCAUCGAAACGCCCACCCAUGCGACGCAUAUCGGGUGGUUGGGCUGAUGUUGGCAUACUAAAAAGUUCAAAGUCCAAAAAAGGCACUUCAUUCGACGACGAUCGCUUUCAAAGUGUGUCACUUACAAAAUCGCCGAUUGGAUCUUCGCCUAGAGACGAAAUACCGACUAUUCCAGAUAUGGAAGAUUUAAAAGAUGAAAUUUUGCUAAAUGAAAUUGUUGAGCCGCCUUCUGCCAGCUCCCUCCGUCUAAACACUUUAAGCGAACUUAACUUGGAUUUGUUGGCCCAAAACGCAUUUACUUCCUUGGAGAAUAUUAAUUUGUCGAUAUUGACACGCUGUCUUAAAUUGCCUGAAACUUUAGAUGAACCAGAUGAGGUAUGGGAAUGGGAUAAAUUAUUUACUGACGUCAUCUCUAAAAUACAUUCUGAUCAACAAAGCUUCGCUGGUGGUCAGAAAAAAGAAAUUGGGCCGGAUGAAAUACCGCCUCCAAUGUACCCUUAACUCAACACAAAGUAUCAAUGAAAUAAAAAUAUAUCCCCUAAAAGAUUUAAUUACAUUAAGCUAUAUAUUAUCGUGGAAAUAAAUUUUACAUAUCACUUAAAAAUUCA